AUUUCAUCAGAAUCCAUUUCAUCAGAAUCCAUUUCAUCAGAAUCCAUUUCAUCAGAAUCCCAAAAACAUACGAAGCUCGGCCAAGAUUCAUCAAGAGGAACGAGUGACGGAUAGACAAGACGACUUUCAUCACACGGACAAGACACAAGCUAUCAGCACACCACCAAACACACAAUCAUGUCCACCGACGGCAUCACCAUGGACGAGAAGUCCAACGGCACCACCGCUGAGAGCGUGGCGUCGAAAUCCCAAUUCCUCUCCCACCUCCAAACCUACCCCCUCCUCACCUCCGCCUAUACCACCAUCACAACCCACCCCUACGCCAUCACCCCCCUCUCCCUCACCCACCGCACAAUCGACACACUGACCCCCUACGCCACCCCGUUUGUCACCCCUGUGGCGCCAUACGUCACACCAUACCUGGUGAAACUCGACUCACUCGCUGAUUCUGGGCUCUCCGCCUUCGAUGCCAGGGUCCCGGCUGCCAAGAAACCCACACAAGAGCUCUAUGAGCAGACCCGCGAAUUGGCGCUCACACCAUACACAUUGAGCAAGGAAGGAAGCGAUUUCGUCUGGAAAACGUACGAGGGGGAAGUCAAGCGCGCGGACGCGAAGGGGGUUAUUGGCUACGGAAGGGCAGUGGUCGGAACUGGAUUCGUUGUCGGUGGAGAAGUUAUUCACUGGGCGAGGGGGGAGGGGAAGAAGGCCGUUAAUGGGCAGAAGGCUUAG